AGAGUGGCGAUCAACGGACCGCGCGUUCUCGGUUGUACGGGUCGAAAUGGAUUUUCACUGGAUACUUCUGGACGUGAUUUUCGCAUUUGGGUUUUAAGCUCGCUGUUGGAGUUGCGGUAUGAUUCACCGACAGGUCAUUCUAUCUCAGGAUUUGAUGUGCUUUGAGUUGGCGAAUCAUAAUGCUGCUACACCUGUGUAGUGUAAAGAACCUGUACCAAAGCAGGUUCCUGGGCCUUGCGGCGAUGGCCUCACCGUCACGGAGCUCCCAGAACCGGCGCCGGUGUAAGGAUGGGGCGCGAUUCAGCUUCGUUCACCCCAACAACCCCAGCAAUGCUCUGGCUCUGCCCCGGUCUACUAGCGAUACGGAUCUGGUGUCCUUGCAAAGCCGUUCUACCCUAACCAUCAGCACUUCCCUCUACUGCAUCGGCCAAUCAGACAACAUCGUCAUCUGCUGGGACAUUAAAGAGGAAGUGGAUGCUGGUGACUGGAUUGGCAUGUACCGUAUUGAUGAGGUUCUUUCUGAAAACUUUCUGGACUACAAAAGUCGUGGUGUGAGUGGCUCCCACACAGGGCAGAUUGUGUGGAAGAUCGAUGCCAGCUUGUACUUUAUGGAGGCUGAGACAAAGGUUUGUUUUAAAUAUUACCAUGGACUGAGUGGAGCGCUUAGAGCCACUACACCCAGCGUGACGGUGCGGAACCCCUCUGCCUCUGCAUUGAAACCUGUCAUCCAUCAGGAUGUUUCUCAGACUUUGGGCAGCAGGAGGCUGAUCAGCUUCUCUCUGUCAGACAUUCAGGCAGUGGGUCUGAAGAAGGGAAUGUUCUUUAAUCCGGAUCCGUAUCUGAAAAUUGCCAUCCAGCCUGGAAAGCACAGCAUCUUCCCUGCUCUGCCCCACCAUGGUCAGGAGAAAAGGUCAGGCAUCAUCUGCAACACAGUGAACCCAGUCUGGAAGAGUGAGCGAUUUAACUUUGUAUCCCUCCCGACGGAUGCGUUGGAGAUUGAGGUGAAAGAUAAAUUUGCCAAGAGCAGACCCAUCAUCAAACGCUUCCUGGGGAAGUUGGUCGUGCCUGUACAGAGGCUGCUGGAAAAACAUGCUAUUGGGGACCGUGUGGUGAGUUACAAUUUAGGCCGGCGGCUUCCAACAGAUCAUGUCAAUGGACAGCUGCAGUUUCGGUUUGAGAUAACCUCCUCUAUUUAUCCAGAUGAUGAGGAGGUGUCCCUCAAUGCAAUGCCAGUCUAUGAUGCAGUACCAGACCAGGAGGCUGUUCAAGUGCCCAGUCCGGAGGACCUACCAGCUGCUGCCAAUCUACAGAUGGAGGAUACUUUGAGUUUGGGGCCUGGCAUGCCAGAGAUCCCUGAUGAAUGUCCUCCAGAGGUAGAGACCCAGGAUGUUGUGCUGCCUACCUCCCCAACUGAGCCCAGAGAGGAGUCCCAUUCAGAGAUGGACGGAUCAGAUAAUGCAGGAGUAAGUGAUCUUGUAACCUGCCAUGGGGAGGGGAGGAAUGAAGAGGCAAUACUGAGUCAUGAUACAACUGAAACUGAAGAGGAAACUCUGUGUGAGACUCCAUUGGAGGCUAUUGAAAGUACAGGUGGAGGUGACACAGGACCAGUUGCAGAUUUAGGUAUGGAGCAUGUAGAGGCUGAGGAGGGCAUGGGCUCUGAGCAAAUGGAAAUGAGGGUAGAAAGAGAUGGAAAUGUGGAAGAAACUUGUUCCCCAAGAAUGCGAAGUGCCUUGAAGCGCAAGAGCCGGCCUUGCUCCCUUCCCGUGUCCGAGCUAGAGACGGUCAUCGCCUCAGCCUGCGGUGAACCUGAGACACCCCGGUCGCACUACAUCCGCAUUCAUCAUCUGCUGCACAGCUUGCCAUCAGCCCAGCACCACCAUGACAGUCAAGAUGAAGAUGAGGUACCAGAAUCUUCGGAGGAGCUCACUGUCAAACCCCAAGAGGACAAGGAGGAAGAGGUGGAUGAGGAUGAAGUUUCCGAAGCUCAGUCUCCAUUUAUAGUCCCAGAGUGUCCCAGACCGUGUUGCCAUCGAACCCUGCCACGUAGCCUCUCUAUUGAGCGUCUUUCUGAACUCAACCAGCUUCUAGAGGGUGAAAGGCCUUCACCGUCCACUCUGCAGCCAGACAACGAAGAUGGGGGUGGAAGCAGGAGGGUUCGUAGUGAGUGUGAACUAUGCGACAAUUCCUGCUACAGCACUUCUUGUUACAGCACGUCCUGUUACAGCACUUCCUGUUACAGUAACUCAGGUUACGAGGGGCAUAACCAUCUCUGCAGCCAUACGCGCCUUUCUUCGGUAGACAGCACCCGUUUGUCGGAGAGCACUGUUUUCUCCUCGCAGGAGGAAGAGGAGGAGGAGAACAGUGCUUUUGAAUCUGUCUCGGACUCUAUGCAGAGUCCAGAUGUGAGAGAGCCGGGAGACGGGUUGGCUCAUUGGAUGGGGUCAUUGUCAGAAGACAGUCCCCUGAUAGAAGGCCAAGGCGAGGAGUCACCAGUAGCUGGACCAAGUGUUGGGUCUUCAGGCAGUUGUCAUAUGCAAUGCAGUCAUCAUGCAAUCACUCAGCUUCCUGCUUUGCGGCCUGACCUCCAUUAUUACCCAAGUGUUGAUGAACCAUUACCACCAAACUGGGAGGCCAGGAUAGACCGUCAUGGCCGUGUUUUCUAUGUGGACCAUGUGAACCGCACCACCACGUGGCAGAUGCCCAGCCAUGCGGCCAAGUGCACGGGCAUCCAGAGAUCCGGCUCCACUCAACAGAUGGAGCAGCUCAACAGGAGGUAUCAGAACAUUCAGAGGACCAUGGCCACAGAUGAUGAACUGGCCAGUCGUGGUCAUGAGAGGAACAGCAGUGCAGAUACAGAGAAUGAAUCCACACCACAGACUGCAGAUCAGAGAAGAGAAGGUCAUUCAUCUCCUGUGAAUAAUCAGAACGUCACACUAUUGCUUCAAUGUCCAGCUGUGAAGUUUGUCACCCACCCAGAAUUCUUCACUGUUCUCCAUGCCAACUAUGGGGCAUAUAGGAUGUUUACCAGCAGCACCUGUCUAAAGCACAUGAUUCUGAAAAUACGGCGAGAUGCACACAACUUUGAGCGAUAUCAGCACAACCGCGACCUCGUAACUUUCCUCAACAAAUUUGCAGAUACUCCACUGGAGCUCCCCAGAGGCUGGGAAAUCAAAACAGACCAACAGGGCAAGUCAUUCUUUGUGGACCACAACAGUCGUGCAACAACCUUCAUUGACCCCAGAAUUCCCCUUCAGAAUGGCCGGCUGCCCAAUCACCUCACACACAGACAACACCUACAGAGACUGCGCAGCUACAGCGCAGGAGAGGCAUCAGAGGUGUCCCGCAGCAGAGGAGCAUCACUUGUGAGCAGACCUGGACACAGUCUAGUAGCUGCUGUCAGAAGUCAAUACCAGCCUGAUUCAGUGCCUCUAGCUUACAAUGACAAGAUUGUGGCUUUCCUCCGCCAACCAAACAUACUAGACAUGCUGCAGGAACGGCAACCCAGUCUAGCCAGGAAUCACACACUCAGGGAGAAAAUCCAUUACAUCAGGACAGAGGGUCCACAAGGUGUUGAAAAGCUGUCUUGUGACGCAGACCUGGUUAUAUUGUUGAGUCUGUUUGAGGAGGAGAUCAUGUCCUUUAUUCCAUCUCACUACUUCCACCCCGGCCUCAGCUUCUCUCCUCGCUGUUCUCCUGGCUCCUCACCACAGAGCUCACCUGGCUUGCAGAGGGCCAGAGCGCCUGCUCCAUACCGUCGAGACUUUGAGGCGAAACUUCGCAAUUUCUACAGGAAGCUGGAGGCAAAAGGCUAUGGCCAGGGUCCAGGAAAAAUGAAGCUAAUCAUCAGGAGGGACCAUUUACUGGAAGGCACCUUUAAUCAAGUGAUGGCCUACUCACGCAAAGAGCUCCAAAGGAACAAGCUCUACAUCACCUUUGUCGGAGAGGAAGGUUUGGACUACAGCGGCCCAUCGCGGGAGUUCUUCUUCCUGUUGUCUCAAGAGCUGUUUAACCCAUAUUAUGGUUUGUUUGAAUACUCAGCCAAUGACACAUACACCGUGCAGAUUAGCCCUAUGUCUGCAUUUGUGGAGAAUCAUUUAGAAUGGUUCCGUUUCAGUGGGCGUAUUUUGGGUCUGGCUCUGAUCCACCAGUAUUUGUUGGAUGCUUUCUUCACUCGUCCAUUUUACAAGGCCUUGCUUAGACUAGUGACAGAUCUGAGUGAUUUAGAGUACCUUGAUGAGGAGUUUCAUCAGAGCUUACAGUGGAUGAAGGACAAUGAUAUCACUGAUAUACUGGAUCUGACGUUUACAGUCAACGAGGAGGUCUUUGGACAGGUGACAGAGAGGGAACUGAAGUCAGGGGGCUCCAACAUCCAAGUGACGGAGAAGAACAAGAAGGAAUACAUUGAACGCAUGGCCAGAUGGAGGGUGGAGAGGGGGGUGGUACAGCAGACCGAAUCCCUUGUACGAGGUUUCUACGAGGUUGUAGACUCUCGUCUGGUAUCAGUGUUCGAUGCUCGUGAGUUGGAGCUGGUCAUCGCAGGGACGGCCGAGAUCGAUUUGAACGACUGGAGAUCCAACACAGAAUACAGAGGAGGUUACCAUGAUGGUCACAUUGUGAUGCGUUGGUUCUGGGGUGCAGUGGAGCGUUUCAAUAAUGAACAGAGGCUGCGACUGCUGCAGUUUGUGACGGGCACAUCCAGUGUCCCCUACGAAGGUUUUGCUGCACUGCGCGGGAGUAAUGGCCUGCGGCGCUUCUGCAUUGAAAAGUGGGGAAAGGUCACCUCUUUGCCAAGGGCACAUACAUGCUUCAACCGUCUGGAUCUGCCUCCCUAUCCAUCGCACACCAUGCUGUAUGAGAAACUUCUAACUGCUGUGGAGGAGACCAGCACCUUUGGUUUGGAGUGAAGGCAUGCAGGACACCUUUAAGACUUGAUUUUUUUAAUGCAUUUACACAAAAGACUUUUUAAAGAUUUUUUAAAUAAAUAUAUCUGAUGAAUCUUUUGAUUUGAGAACUGAUUUUUGUUUUUUUCAAGAUAACUAGAAAUAGCAUGUUUCUGCACUAAAAUACAAGAUAUAUUGUAAUAUUCAUUCAUUAUGGGAAAACAACAAUGUAUGCAAUAGUGUAAACCUAGCUCCAGCCUAUUGUAUUGAACUAACUGACUGAGCAAGACGCUUCCUGCUAAUAAUCAUCAUCGUUCUAUUGUUUAGGCAUCGAUAUAUCCCCUCUUUGAUUGGCUAUUGCCAUGCAUAUGGGUAGGGCUCUCUUAACAUAUGGUCAACUAUGACAUCCAAUACCUGGCUAUAUUCGGAAUGGAAUACUAGCAUACUGCUUACUUCAUACUACACAGUAUAUACUUCAUACAGCCUAAUAUGUUUUGAAAAGUAGUACUCAAAACAGUAUAUACAAAGUACAUAUAAAAAGCAAUAUGCAACGUUUCAAACUGUAGUAUGCUACAUUGUUGUCACAUGACCUCAUUGUGUUGCAUGUUUAAUACCAUAUUGGAAAUAAAUACGUUUAUUUGGCAUUUUUCAUAAAAUGUUAAGUUAAAAUGUCUCCACUUAUCGCAGUCCGAUCAAAUAUGUAAAAAAUUGCACUUGUGGUUCAUUCACCAUACUUGAAAUCGAAGGUGAACUCGAACGCAUUGCAUAAUGAGAUACAGUACUCCGUGUACUGUAGUAUUCUUUGAUUGUAUUAUACUACACAUUUUGGAAAAUGCAUUAGGUCAUCUGGGAAUUCUAUUCAUACAGAAAAGGAACUUAUUGUGCAGAGUACAGUAUGCAUACUGCAGAAGUACUGUAGUAGUAUGGUAGUAUGCAAUUCCGAACAUAGACACUGGUACCAAACCUGUUAACUCAUUUAUAAAUUCAUGCUCAUAUCAUUGGCUAAACUCAAACUCAGAGGCAAGCUGUUUGCCUUUACAUGAUUCCUGUGUUAAAAAAAGUUUUUGUGCACAUACUGUAGAAUAUUCAAUCUGUCUGCUUUUAGACUAUACCUAAUUCGAUCAAUGUGGCUUAAAUACUAUUAAAGGAAUAGUUUACCCAAAAAUAAAAAUACUCUCAUCAUUUACUCACCAUCAUGCCUUCCCAGAUGUGUAUGACUUUCUUUCUUCUGCAGAAAACAAAUUAUGAUUUUUAGAAAAAUAUCUUAGCUCUGUUGGUCCAUACAAUGUAAUUGGAUGAGGUCCAAAACCUUGAAGCUCCAAAAAGCACAUUAAGACAGUAAAAAAGUAAUCCAGAUGACUUCAGAGGUAUAAUCCUUAUCUUCAGAAGUGAUCCAAUCUGUUUUGGGUGACAAGAGCCAAAAUGUAACUAAAUUUUUACUAUAAAUCUUGACAUCAGCAGUCUCCUUGGCGAUCAUGAUUUCAAGCUCGAUUACACUUCCUAGCGCCUUCUAGCUCUCUGAAUAUGCGUCAAGCACAAGGAAGUGUAAUCGAGCUUGAAAUCAUGAUCGUGCCUAGAGAAUGCAAUGGAAAAUUGUCAUUUUUGGGUGAAUUAUUCCUUUAAAAUGAUGUCCUCAAAGAAACUAAAACCUGAUCAAACUCAAGUUCUUGUCACCUUGCUAAUAUGCUGAGUACUUAAGGUUUAAGUAGGAAGUACACAUGGAAACAGGUACAAGUACAGACGUACACAUGCCACAGGUGAUGUAAGCUUCUCUGUUUAACCAAAUUAGCAACACAACCACUAAGCUUAUCAGAUCUGUUUGAUUCCAGGGUCUUUGUGGCCGCAUCAAAAAUAGCUUUAAUUGUUUUAACAAUGCCUCUUUAAGGGGCCUGGAUAUUAGAAUCAGAUUAUGACAUGAGGCAAUGGCAUGACUUUGGAUUCAUUUCCAGAAAUCCAGUUGUAAGAUAUCGCUGUUAUAUUUCUUUGUUGUGGGCAUUAGCUCGAAUAACACAUUUAUUAUGACCCCACCUCAACCUUGUAAAUGAUCUCUUAUUAAGAAGCUCUUGAAAAUGCCUUUUAAUUAGUUAUUUGUUUGACUUAUUUUCACACAAUUUCUAUUGCAAGGGUCACACAAACAUACUGUCGCUCAUCUUUCUAUAUGCAAUUUGUAACAGGCUCUAACUCAGAGUUAUACAGUUACUGAUAACCACUGAUAACACAAAAAAACAUGUUUAUUUGCAAGUAUGGAAUAUAUUAAGUGUUGAUUUUUUAUGCAUUUACUUCUGCAGCUUUUAAAUUACAUUCCAAUACUCAACCUUUCUGAUAAUUCUCACAAUUAAAAGAGAAAUAGUUCAUGGGUGGAGCUUCAGUGAUGUUGCCUAGAAGUGUUAAACCACUUUUAACUGGGCCAUCAUAGGGGGCUAAUGCAUGUUGCCUCCUCUAAUGGUUUGUAUUAUUGUGGUAUGUUGCGUUGAUAUUGUGCUGAACCAUGGAACGGACCUGUUUGGUGGUGAAAUCUAAUUGGAUCUAUUAAAUGUGUGCUUUGAACAGUUUAGUCUGUGUAUUAAAAUGCAUACUAUCAGACAUAUAUUUUCAUUGACGGAAAUUGUGAAAUGACUAUCUGACCAUUUGCUGUUGUACACUGUUUAGUUGAUAAUGUUAUUAUGAUGUAUUUUUGAUCAUUUUUAUAUGUUUGCAGUUUUGUAGUUUAUUUUAUUUUUGUAUAUUAGUUCAAGACAAUGAAAAAAAAAUUGAAAUUGCAUUUUAAAACCAUUUACUUGUUAUGAGUAAUGAGUACAUUGAAUGAUUGUUAAUUAAAAUAAAUAUGUAAAUAGAAAUAUUUAAGAACACUAAUUACUGUACGUCAGCCUAAUUUUUUGGACUUUACGUCCAACUGUUCUACAUGAACAGACUUGGUUUUUGUCCUUAGCAGGUUAUAAUGCUGGCUUUGCUUGUGUCCACGCUGUUUUAUAUAAAUGUCAAUGAAUAAUCACUUUGUAAUUGGCUGUAUAACUUAUGUUCAAUUGCACGCAUACACAGGUGUUUAGAAACAGGUGAAAUGAGGGACAAUUUAAUGAAAAAAUAAAAUAAAAUUGGUAGAACAAAGAAAUGUUUAAAUGUGGGGGGUUGCUACAUCCCUGCACAUACACAUUGAAAAAUCCACAACUUUGAGGUCAUCCUUACACAGUCAAACCACAAGGGGGCCUCACUCCUGUGUUUUGAAAAAUCUCUUCAUUGAGCACCCUGCAAUAUGUGUGCAUGGAUGUUUUGCUAAUAUUAGAGGGAAUAAAAGUUCUUCAAAUGAGCUCAGA